AUGGCGUUACCGCUGAAGCCAGGUCUGACGCCGGCCGAGGUGGCCUUUCUGUGCGAGAUGGAGAUGGUGACGGUCAUACCACGCCAGCGCCUCGACUCGCUCGAGCUGCUCGGGGGCCCUACCAAAGCCCUGACACCUCCCUUUCCUACGCCACUGCCUCUAUGGCUCGCUCUGCUACUCAAGCGCCAGCGUCGCGCAAACAUCCUACCUCCUCCCUGGCUCAACCCGGAAGCUCUUUCCGCAAUCCUUGAUAUCGAGGUCGACAAUGAAGACCUCUUCUCUCCACCGCCUCCCCUUCCUGCAGCCAAGACUCUGCCAUCCGACCAAUAUCUCGAUCAAACUGCCUUAGAAGUGUCCGCUCCUUUCUUGCCUUCAAGCACCUCGAACGCCGAACCAGAUGCUUUGCCCUACCACUGGCUGGAACUGAGCCACAUGAUCCUGUCACAUGCAUCUGACGAUUUCCAAGAACCUGAUACUGUCAGACGCUUACUGCGCGACCUCAAGGAAGUGCGUAUGGCCAAGCUUAGGAAAGGUAUAAAAGUUCUGGAUGCCGGUGCCGGAGUUCAAAUGAACGGCGUGGGUGCUCUAGAGAUUGCCGAAUCGAGGUCCUUCAUUUCUGGUGUCGUUGAUGGCCUAAGGAGAAUUGGUGCCUCAAGGGAACAGACGCGCAAGGAAAGAGACGCAGAAGAUGCCGAGCAUGGCUAUGCUGCGAGCUCAAUCGAUGAUCAAGACGACGACAUGUUAUGA